AUGGCGAAUGAGAAUGAGAAUCAGAAUGAUGCGGUGCAUGCCGGAAGCACCACAAAUGCUGAGACGUCUGCUGCGAAGUUCAUGGUGGAUGUCGUCCCAUGGGAAGGGGUUCGCAAGCAGCUGCCCAAGAAGCUGACAGCGGCGAAGCUGAUGCACAAGACCCAGCCCCUCCAAAUCAACAAGGAUGCCAAGGAGAAAGAGAUCACGACGUACAAGGCUCCUUGGGAGGCGGAAAGCGCAGCCGCCAGCUUUGCCACGACCGGGAUGUACGAAGCCUCGGGAUUGGCAUUGUGGCUACGCACAGCCUUGUUCGAUGUCGGUGGUGGCACUGCACACCAUGGACACAUCGAGCAGAGGGACCCCGGAGACAUUCCGGUGGCGACGCUCUACCGCUUCAUGGAGAGCUUCUUCUCGCGAACCGCCGUGCUGAAGUCGAACGUGACCAGAGGUGCAAAGAAGAUCAAGGAUAGGGAGAGGCUCACGUGGCCAAGCAGCGUCAUGGUUGUCGGUGUCGAGGAUGGCAAGAAGCAGUGCGACCCUCCUUUCGAGGCGUCCUUGACACUUGCCGGCGGCCACUUUGUGCUGUGGAGCUGGUUCCUUGCCCUCUACGAGGCUCUGAAGAAGAAUGUGCAAGCCUCAGACCAGCACUGGCUGACGCUUCUCUGGGAAGCAGGAUGCACCGUGACCAUCCAGGCACGGGUCUGCGACAGCGCGGAGAGCUGGGCCAUCAGUCGGCACCAGGCAUCCGAAGCGUUGAAAGCUUCGGCGGACAGUUCGUUGUCGGACACCUUCCUGGACUUCACCUUGCUCAUCAAGCAGUUGAAGGUCGAGCAGGUCGGUGACGGCAAGAGACACAACCUGAAGUUCAACGGCAGCGAGUACAAUGCCGCAAUGCACGGCGCCGCCCAAGCCUUGCAGGGACUCAUGGGGCCCGGUUGUCGUUUCCCGGCCGCCAUUCGCAACUUGGAGAUGGCGUAUGGCAGAGACGUUCUGAGCAACUCCUAUGCCAAACUGCGUCGCCUUGCUUCGCUUUGCAAGGGCUGCGAUCCGACCGCGACUUGGCUGGUGGAGAGCUUCCACCUUGCACUGAACCUCAAGCUGACGACCACCGCAAAGGCGACGGAGGCCUGGUUGGACAGAGACCGCCGACACAACACAGCUGGCUACUGGCCGUGCCAGUUGGUGGUGAGGGAGCUCUUCGACAGCUGCAAAGGGCUCCUGGGAAAGCUGCCGGAGACCGACGCACAAGCUGCAGUGAACGAGAUGGCGGAACUCCUGGAUCCUAUGACAGUCUGGAAGAAGUACUUGCUGCCAAGCAAGGAGGCCGAAGGCAGCAACAUGGUCGCUGAGGAGGAUGACGAGGAGGUUCCGGCAGAACUCGAGCAGGCUACAGCGCUGCAGGCUUUGAAGGCAAAAUACAACCGUGCAACAGGUUGUGUCUUCGAGUUCCUUCUGGACCUUGCUCGUGGCAAGUACUUCGCAGAUUUGAAGGACCUGGCCAAGCUGAGCUCCGAUGGGACAUCGGUUGGCAAGCAUGUCCAGGACGCUGUCGCAGCCAGCAGCAAAGAAAAAGAAGGUCUUUCUCACAUGCUGAAGACCCUGACCGUCGUCAUCCAGAGCUUUGAUGUGACUGCAAAGUCGGUGUCGUUGUCGGCACAUCUUGCAGCCCCAGCUCCUAGCUUCAUGUCGUCGCUUGGUUCCGGCGGAGCACAGGAUGAAGCUGCCAACAUGGAAAGGGAGCGAGUGUGGCGGCAGGUGCAGGCCGAGAGAAAGAAGAUCGUCGGAUUCGGCUUUGCAAAGUCCUUUCCCAGCACGACAGAGCAGUUUCAGGAAGCCUUCAGAGGCUCAGGCAAGGUGUUCGCCUUCAACGGCAGUCUCAAUGCUGCCCACCGGCUCGUUGUCGCAAGCGCAGACUUGAUGGCUGAGUCUGAGGCCGAACCUUGGCUAAACCCAAGCAUGGUCGACAAAGAACUGUGGAAAAACGUCUGCGACUUCGUCGCCACCAGUGCUUCGGGAGCCUGCGACUUCGGCGUCACACUGGACGGGCGCCUACGUGAGGAAGAUGUCUUCUUCUCGUUGUCGCAGACAGAGCAAGCAUGGAUCAUCUAUGAGGGUGGCUGCCCUGCACGUGCCGGCCGGAGCCGUCGGGUCUUCAUGGGCUCUCGCAAGGUGGAGACUAUGUGUGUGCGAAUGCCGACGGCACGCACCCGCAUCAAGGUGCAACAGCGGGAGAGUUUCUGCACCACCGGCGAAAGCACCACUUUCCAGACCACGUGGUCGGGUGUGAAGUUCCGGCAAAGCGCUGAGUUGCCCUUGAUCACGAAGGUGGCAAAGCAGUGUGUGCUCGAUGUCGCUGUCGUGCCGGAGCCCCCGGAGGACUGGACCGACAAGCAUGGGCCAGACAUGCCGAUCUACUGGCAGGAAAGCAAGUCGAUUGCUUUCUGGACCAGCUUCAUCGACGAGAUGAAGGUCCACGCGAUCAUGGACCUGAGUCCGGGGAGCGGUGCCCUGCUCGAAGCAGCCCUGAGCCGUGGAAUCUUAUACUAUGGCCUAUGCAGGAAUCGCAGCCAUAUGAACUGGUUGCAGGGCAUUGCUGACAGAGCCACCUGCGGCUUGAUUGCCACGGAAGGCAGCAGUUUGCACAGCUCCGACUUGGCCUCAGACAUCAAGAAGCACUUCCCGGACGUGCUCCUGGAGAUGAAUCCGGCGGACGAUGUCGAGGAAGAUCCCUGGGAGCCGGAGCUCGAGGCGUGA